AAUCGAGAGCGUUGGGGAAGCUAAAGUGUCAAUGUAAACCUGGAUCGUUUCUAUCAGUCGAUUACAACAUCAUCUACAGAUAACGCGAGUCAGUGGAGACAGGCAGCAGCUCAGCGUUUGGAUUAAACCUAGUGAAGCAGAAGCUGCUGGUGGAUUAGCUGUUCUCAGGAAUCAUGAACUCUCUCUCGGGUAAGAGUGUGCUGGCGCUGUGCAGGGUUUUCUCCAGUCCCCUGUCGCUCCCUCCUGCUAUCGUAGGGGCAGUGAGGGUCUGUCACUCAGGCGUGAACUCCAAGGGCAAGGUGUUCACCAAAAAACGAGGCUAUGACAUCACCAGGAACCCCGACUUGAACAAAGGGAUGGCGUUCACCAUGGAGGAGAGGUUACAGCUGGGUAUCCAUGGCCUGCUGCCUCCCUGUUUCCUCUCUCAGGAUGUCCAAGUGCUUCGUGUUAUGAAGAGCUACGAGACACGCAGUAACCCUCUCGAUAAAUACAUAUUGCUGAUGACACUGCAGGACAGAAAUGAGAAGCUUUUCUAUCGUGUGUUAACCUCUGACAUUGAAGAAUUCAUGCCUAUCGUCUACACUCCUACUGUGGGCCUGGCCUGCCAACAGUAUGGCCUUGCUUUCAGAAGACCAAGAGGGUUAUUUAUCACUAUCCAUGACAAGGGGCAUAUUGCCACCAUGCUGAACUCAUGGCCGGAGGAGGACAUUAAGGCCAUAGUGGUGACGGAUGGAGAACGAAUCCUGGGAUUAGGAGACCUGGGCAGCUAUGGAAUGGGGAUCCCAGUGGGCAAACUAGCUCUGUAUACAGCAUGUGGAGGAGUGCCACCUCAGCAGUGCCUGCCUGUGCUGCUGGAUGUGGGCACUGAUAAUCGGACCCUCUUAGAUGAUCCCUUGUACAUCGGCUUAAAGCACAAAAGAGUGAGGGGCAAAGAAUACGAUGACCUCAUUGAUGAGUUCAUGCAAGCUGUCACCGACAAGUAUGGGAUGAAUUGUCUAAUUCAGUUUGAGGAUUUUGCCAACAGCAAUGCCUUCCGUAUUCUCAAUAAAUACCGCAAUCGUUAUUGCACCUUUAAUGAUGAUAUCCAGGGCACAGCUUCUGUUGCUGUUGCUGGGGUCCUUGCUGCUCUUAAGAUUACAAAGAAUAAACUCUCUGACCACAAGUUCGUAUUUCAGGGAGCAGGAGAGGCCGCCUUGGGAAUUGCUCACUUACUGAUAAUGGCCAUGGCCAAGGAAGGUGUACCUCAUGCUGAGGCUGUCAAGAGGAUUUGGAUGGUGGAUUCUAAAGGCUUAAUUGUCAAGGGCAGAAGUCAUCUGAACCAUGAGAAGGAAGAAUUUGCCCAAGAGCAUCCACACAUAAAGACACUAGAGGAAGUGGUGGAAACCAUCAAGCCCACAGCUGUCAUUGAAAAACUACUGAAUGUCUACCAAAGAUUUGAUGUCAUUAAAUUUAUUGUGGACCAUGCCUACAAACAGGGCAUUGCCUCCUGGUACCCUGAACCCAAAGAUAAAGAGGCCUUUGUUUUAUCCCAAGUCUAUAGCUCUGACUACGACUCCUUCACUCUGGAUCCAUACAGCUGGCCCAAGGAUGCCAUGAAAGUUCAGAACGUGUAG